GUCCGGGGAGUGGAGGCGAGGGACGCGGGCACCUACGACUGUCAGGUGAACACGUACCCCAAGAUAUCCACGCAGGUGCGCCUCACAGUACUCUCCCUCCCCGGACAGACAACGAUACAGGACAUGCCCGUCUCAGACACUGGAAUGAUAUUCUCGCCCUCAGAGAGCGAGAUGAAAGAGGAACAAGGAAGCGUACAGGUGGAGAUUUUGGGGGAGCGGUGGAUACGGUUACCGGCGGGGUCAGCUUUACGUUUGAUAUGUCGUGCUUCUGGAAAGUCACUGAAGACAAGACUUCGACACACCAAGGCGCCACUGCUCGCUUGGAACAUGGACAACCUGCCACUAACUGCUGUGUGGCUUCCCUCUAAUGUGAUCGUCAGGGAGACGGUGAACGGGCAUUACCAACAACAACACCAUCAUUACCAACAGCAGCAGUCAGUGGUGGCGGUAGAGUCAGAAUUGCUGGUGUUGAAACUUCAUCCUUCUGACAGCGGGAUCCUCGCCUGUACCACCCCUGCCGCCCACCCCGCCCGAAUUACACUUACGGUGACACACCAACAAACCGGGGAAGGAAAGGCGACGAAGGAGGCGGCAAUGGGGGUGGCUGGGCGCGAAGGCUGGCCAGUAGGAGGCAGGGAAGCGGCGGCGGCGGCGGCAGCGGGAGAGAGAAAGUCAAGUGACACAUUAGAUUCGGCCGUUGGCAGUGCGACAACGGCCGUUGUGAGUGGAACAAUCAUACUGGUGAUACUGAUCGUGCAAGUGGCCUUGUGUAUUUUUUAUAUUAAGAAAGUGUGAACUCUGAACACAGACAGUUCUAGAACAUGGUCCACAGGGCCGUAGCCAGUUGCCAAAGUCUUGGUCUGAGGAAAUUUUUAGUUAGUUAUGUUAUUAGCCCCUUCAAGUCACCAUCCCUAGCAUACCUUAAUCCGGCACUGAAUUACAUGCACACUGUAUUUCAGUUUCGCUUUCUUGUCAGCCUAAUAUGCGCCGAUCUGACACAUUACCACUGGAAUAUUCAGGUAUCAUCACGACGAAGGUCCUGCGCUAUGGUUGCAACUUUACGCUUUGGAAAAAUAACCUUGGGGUGCAUCACAACGAAGUUGUGACAAUAAAUAAUUGUUAGAGUGUAGUGUGAUGCAGCCUGUAGAAGAUCCCGCUUUCAAAAUAUCUACAAUGGGGAGACGGUGGCCAAAUGGUCAGCGUGCGGGCGUGGUGACCCCGUGGACCUAGGUUUGAGUCCCACCAAAACACGCUGAAUUUUCAAGACAUCGCCGAGUGACGGAAUAUUACCCACAUGCUGCCCAAAUCUUCAAUCAACCCUAACUUUAACGAUUUCAUUCAAGUGGAACACCGGGGGGUAGCAUUGUCCAAGCAAGAGUCAUAUAUCACUGCAGCCACUAUAAAUAAAAUUCGCCUGCGUCACUAACGGGCAGGGGGUCGUCAAAGAGACCCCUCAAGAAUGCCUGCCGGCACUACAGGCAGCA